CACAACACAACACAAACCACCCGAAAUAUGAACAAAAACGAGAACCAGAAAACUGAUAGCCACUGUCACACUGAACAACAAAAUCAAGAACUCCCUCAUGUUCGCUAUCUUCUCUCUCUUAUCUCACCAUUUCUGAUCUCUUACUCACAUUCCCUCCCAUGGAAACCAUUCUCUCCCCUCCUUUUUCUCCUCUUUUCAACCCCAAAACUUCCCUUUCAAAGCCUUUUCUUUCCCUUUCUCACUUACCCAAAUCAAGUUCAGCUAAGACAAUAUGCUAUAGCCUCAGAAAACAACAUUCCCAGGUUGAAAAAGAUUCUUUUUCAGUACCCAAAAGUUGGGUUUCUCAUGUUCAGCAAGGACUAGCUGCUUUAGCUAUUUCUUUAGCUCUCAAUUUUUGUCCAGUUGUGUCAUCUGGUUCUGCAUUGGCAUCUGAAUUUGAUGUUUUAAAUGAAGGUCCUCCAAAAGACUCAUAUGUUGUUGAUGAUGCUGGUGUUCUUAGCAGGGUGACAAAGUCUGAUUUGAAGGCAUUGUUGUCUGAUGUGGAGAAAAGAAAAGGCUUCCACAUUAAUUUCAUCACUGUCCGCAAACUCACUAGCAAAGCUGAUGCUUUUGAGUAUGCGGACACGGUUUUGGAAAAGUGGUACCCAAGUGUUGAACUAGGAAAUGACAAGGGUAUAGUGGUGCUCGUUACAAGUCAAAAGGAAGGCGCCAUCACUGGUGGUCCUGAUUUUGUUAAGGCUGUUGGAGAUACUGUUCUUGAUGCUACCGUCUCAGAGAACCUUCCAGUGUUGGCUACUGAAGAGAAGUACAAUGAAGCAGUUUCAAGCACUGCCAGACGUCUUGUUGCUGCCAUUGAUGGCCUUCCUGAUCCUGGUGGCCCUCAAGUCAAGGAUAACAAAAGAGAGUCCAACUUCAAAUCCAGAGAGGAAACAGAUGAGAAAAGAGGACAAUUCACACUUGUGGUUGGUGGGUUGUUAGUGAUUGCUUUCGUUGUUCCUAUGGCUCAAUACUACGCAUAUGUUUCAAAGAAGUGAACUGUCUGACUCUGGAAGGCUACAUUUUCCUGAGAUUUGAGUAAGCAUGUAUAUUAUUUUGUACAAAAUGGUCCACUCGGAAAUGACUGAUUCGUGAGAAAUUUAAAAAGGAUAAAAAUGAAAAUAUUGGACCUCCCCUAA